UAUUUUACGUUCUCUGCUUUUGCAUUAAUACCGCUGUCAAAUUCAUAAUUUUUAUAAAUACACAUAUUUAAUUAUUUGACUUAAGCUAUUUUAUUUUAGGACAAAUUCGUUUUUCUUUAGUUCUAUAACAAAUUUUGUAAAUAAUUGUUUAAUUUCUCUUUCGAUUGAUAUAAAAGAAUAUAUCGACUUGAAAUGUUUAUUUUAUCUCUAGCGAACAGCUGAUUGUGAUUAUGAUUUCUGGCGGCUUUAUUAGCGUACAACACAUUUUUUAUAAGCGAAAAAUAUUUUUGUUAUUCUCUAAACAGUUUGCUAAUAUUUGCUCUAAUAUAUUGCAAUAAAUAUAAAGUCACAUGGAGCCGCCUCACAACCAUACGUCACAAAUAGAUGUGACCAUUUCAGGUGUAAUUAUAAUUGAUCCCUCAACAUUUUCCACAAACAAAGUAGUGCAUACAACUAUUGAACCUCCAAAUGGCAAAUACAACUCAACUCCCUUGAACAAAGAGUUAAAGACUUUAACACUAAGCGCUCCACAUGUUCCAACAACUGUGAAAUCUUUGGAGGAAUCCGUGCAGAAACCAACAAAACUGUUUUUUCCCUCACUGAGUAUUGAGCAAAAUAGGAAAAUACAGGAAAUAAGGGAAAACCUUAGAAGAAAAAAUCAACUGCAGAAUUAUCAAUCACUUACAAACCAAAACAAACAAAAUGAAAAAACCCAAGUUCAAUUCGCCCCUGUUUGCCCAGAAACCACACCAGUCACAACGUAUAUUGAAUUCAUAAAUGAAGCUUUAUUUGACGACGAGCAAUUGGCGAAAAAUCAAGAUAUAGAAGUGGAUAAUUCUGACGAUGAAGUAUUAGAGAUUGAGGAGCAAACGCUUGAGUAUGUACUAGAAAAACCAAAAACCAACAGUGCUGCAACAUACAUUACAAACGGUGUGCAAACUGAGGAACCAUCGGAAGAUCGAAUUAAUUGUGGAUUCGUAAAUGUUUCGAAAACUGGCGAUGACAAAUAUUUUAAUCUUCGUUGUUUUCAUUGCGAUGCGGAAUUUCCUAUAUCGUUUUGGUCCGAAUUUUCAGAUCAUGUUAUCAAUACUCAUAGUGACUUGGAAAAAGUUUAUACUGAAAACGAUGCAAAAUCUGUAAGCGAUGCCCAGUCUCUCAACGAAGAAACAGAUAUUUUCAAUGACGCUUUUUCAAAUGAUGAUGCUGAAGUGCGUGAAACUCCAGGAAAAAAACUGUUUGUCAAUUUAAUUGAUAACGAUCGCGUAAAUUGUCUGAGUGCAAAAGCUGACCUUAAAGAAAUAUUACCAGAACACUUCGACAAUGGUAAGGAUUGGGAUAGUUGCUCUGAUGUAGAACCUUAUCAUAUGUCGGCAGAAAGUUAUAAAGUCUGCUUAGAACACUGUUACAGCCGAAGCAGAAUGAGAGAUAAAAAUAAAUGUAAUGCGAACCCUACAACAGAGCGAAAAAUAAUAGAUCAGAUAAGCUUCGAAAAUACCUCUCAUGCCAUAGUGAUGGAUUUUUUGGAACAUUUAAAAGGAUUUCCUAAUUUAUUGCAAGGCAACAGCAAUUUAAAUAUCGAAAGAUAUAUGAAUGAACUGCAAGAUUUGAUGGCAAUAAUGACGGAAAAGUGGAGUCUUAAUUUAAAAAAAAGUGUUUUGCGUAAAAAUGUUGAAAAUAUUAAAGCUUGGUAUAUUGCUAUGACCGAAGCAAAAGAAGGACGUUCGAAUUUGAUAUUCACGGAGAAAUACAUUGACUACUACAGGAAAUGUGCGGAGUAUAUGCCUUCCGGUGGUGACUUAAAAAUACCACAAAAGGUGUACUGUGAUAUAUGCAAAAAGUUCUGUUAUAAUGCUAUUGGAUUGCAAAUUCAUAAAUAUCGUAAGCACCACAUGGGUCAACUGCCAUAUGCUUGCAAUAAAUGUGAUAAGCGAUUCGAUUAUAUACAUAAAUUGCGUAUACAUUUACAAAGAAAACAUGUGUUACCUGGAUUCCUGCUUGAGACUGAUGCCGUUUGCGCCGAAUGUAACCAAUCAUUUACAGAUUCACGAGAUUUUCUAAAGCAUUUGGAAAUCCAUACGAAGGGCAAUUGCCGUUUUGUUUGCGAUGUAUGUGAAUUUCGUUGUAGAACUGAAGGCAUAUUGAGAAACCACAAAAAGCGUCAUCAAGAACGUAAAAAACUAGAAAACGUCGAAAAGACUUAUGCAUGUAAUGAAUGUCCAUUUCGUUGUACGACUAUUAGCCUUUUAAAAGCGCACCAAAGACGCCAUCGAGAGCCCACUUUUCAAUGUGAACUUUGUCCGAAACGGUUUUACUUUUCGCACCAUUUAAAAACGCAUAUGACUACUCAUAAUGGUAGUUAUGACUAUGUUUGUGAAUCAUGUGGCAAACUUUUCAUAAGGAAAACAUAUUUAAUGGAUCAUGUGAAGUAUAUGCAUAUGGGUUAUGGCCAUUGUAAAAUUUGCAAUCGAGUUUACGGCAAGCGUUGUAUAUUUCUUAAACAUUUACGCACACAGCAUCGGCCGUUAAUUGGUUCAAUUGAAGAACUGACACGACGAUAUUGUGUUAACGAAAAAGGACAAAAUGUAGGCAGGUCGAGCGGUCCACGUUUAAAAUGCAGAAAGUACACAUCUGUUGUGGAUGCUGUUACGAACAGGCGUACACUGAAAUGCCCGAAAUGUGAUAAAUGUUACAAUCAAUACGAUUCUUUGUACGCACAUCAUAAAAAUGUCCAUGGUACUACACUACCUGGUUAUACCAGGCGGUUAACAGGAAAUCAAAAGUUGAUUAAAAAUCGUAAGAAAACUUCUGUGAGAACUGUUAGUGUUGUGCUAGCUGAUCACAACGUAGCAGAAACAGCAGCUGCUGUUAACACCAUUCUCGAGAGUAACGACAUAAAACCUGACAUUCAAAUAAGUCAAAAUAACAGAAGUAAUUGUAAUGAAUCUAAUACAACUAAUAGAAAAACGGCAGUUGAAAGUGCCGUUAAAGUGUUCCAGAUAACACCAAUGUCGUCUUUUGAAAAAUUUGUUAAUAAAAUGCAUACAUUUGAGGAUUUUGCUCCCGAUACUGCCAUCCAACCUGAAACUACUCAAAAAAGUACUCCAUCGGCAACUAUAAAAAUCGAAAAUUGUCUUAUGGAUUUUGAGUUUUUAUUAAAUAACAGCUCGGCCAUAAACUUUUCAUAAAAGUUAGUAAAUAAUUUCAUGUUUAAAAUUAGAUUAUUUGGUACUUUAUGUAAAUGUAUGUGUAAAUAAUAAUUUAAGUAAAUUUAAAAUUGUGUUUGUAUGCACUUCCUUUCUUAAUGGGGCACAAUAAUUUUUCUAAUAAGUAGUGAGUAUUACUCAACAAUGCAGGAUAAACAUUGUAAAAACGUGUGUAAAUAUUUAUAAAUAAUAAGAUAUUCUAACUUUUGUAACUUU